GUGGCAUGGGCCACGAGACCUUUGUGGAGGUGCAGCUGAAGGGCUCGGCUUGCUUGAUUGCUUUGGCAGCUCGUCUCCACUUAGAAACAGGAUUUGCCAGUUCCUAUAUGCCGAUGGGAAUCGUGUUACGGCUCCUUGUCAGUGCUAUAGGAGAUGCUGAUGCUCUGAACAGGUUCCUGUAGUCAUUACAUCACGCUCGACCCUGAUGAUGCAAACUGCUUUGAGAAGCGUCCAGAGCAGAAGCUGCUGUCCUUAAACCCAUCUGCAAAUUUGAGAGGGGGAAGUGAGAAGAAAAGCAUGGAAAACUUAUAAGGAACUGAAGCUUGGUAAAGGUCAGCUUCUUCAGCAAACACUACAUGCUAGCUCAGUGAGCCCAAGGGACGAGAGAGUGUGGAUUGCCUCCUGCAUUGUCUCUUCUCCCAGGCACCUGCAGUGAGCUCUCACGUGCCAGAGGACGAGGGUGGAGGAGAGCAGCCACGCAAAGCUGGGGCAGUGUGGGUGAGCCAAAGAGCAUUUGACCAGUGUGCUGUGGCAACUGGGUGUCCUCAGCACCCUGCAGCAGAGACAACUGGCUCAUGCUGGGUAGAUGCCUUCAGGGGAGUGGACAACUCCAGCUGAACUGAUGAAUCUUGGCACCUGAUACAAGGCUCAGCUUCUGAUAUGAAGAAGGAUAUAGAGUCUUUAAUAGCCCAGGAAAAAGCAGAGAUCGUCGCCAAGUAUGAGAAGGGCAGGCAGGAAGGAGCUCAGAUUGACCAGUGGGAAGAUGCUGAUUUCACGCUGUACAAAGUUACAGACCGGUUUGGAUUCCUGCACGAGCAGGAGCUGCCAACCCGCACCGCCUUGGAGGAGAAGCAAAAACAGCAGGAAAUUGAACGUGUGGACAAGUGGCUUAAGAUGCUGAAGAAAUGGGGCAAAUACAGAAACAGUGACAAGAUGUGCCGGCGCGUGUACAAAGGGAUCCCGCUUCAGGUGCGAGGCCAGGUCUGGUCACUUCUCCUGGAUGUCGAGAAGAUGAAGAAGGAGAAUGAAGGAAAAUAUGAGCAAAUGAAAGAGCAAGCAAAGUGCUUUUCAUCGGAAAUCAAGCAGAUAGAUUUGGAUGUUAACCGCACCUUCCGAAACCACAUCAUGUUUCGGGAUCGCUAUGGAGUGAAGCAACAGGCACUCUUCCACGUCCUGUCAGCAUACUCAGUUUAUAACACUGAAGUGAGCUACUGCCAAGGGAUGAGCCAGAUUGCAGCCAUCCUCCUGAUGUACUUGAACGAAGAGGAUGCGUUCUGGGCGCUGGCACAGCUGCUCACCAACCAGCGCCACGCCAUGCACGGUUUUUUCAUUCCUGGGUUCCCGAAGCUGCAGAGGUUUCAAGCCCACCACGAACAGAUUUUAAACAAAAUGUUUCCCAAACUGAAGAAGCACAUGGACAAGGAGCAGAUGACUACUGGGAUUUACACAACCAAGUGGUUCCUGCAGUGUUUCAUUGACCGGACCCCGUUCACCCUGACCUUGCGGCUGUGGGAUAUCUACAUCCUGGAAGGGGAGCGGGUGCUGACGGCCAUGGCUUACACCAUCCUCAAACUGCACAAAAAGCGCUUGCUGAAGAUGACACUGGAAGAUUUACGUGAAUUUCUGCAGGAGAAAAUUGCUGCUUCCCUGCAGUACGAGGACGAUGCUGUCAUCGAGCAGCUGCAGGUGUCAAUGACUGAACUGCGCAAGAUGAAAUUUGACCUGCCCCCACCAGCAAAGCCUGAGGAGUUUCCAAGGAAACCCCUGGGCCUGGAGCUCUCCCUCAACCCAGUAGCCAUAAAGGAAAACGCAGCGGCCAACGGCCAGAACGGCCAGGUGGGUGAGCACACCCCAGACAGGGAGCCCCAUCUCCACAGAGUUCCUGGCACGCCAGGAGGAAUGACAGUGGUGGAAGCGAGGAUUCCCACCUCCCACGGCAGUGAAGCGGCUGAAGCAACGAACGUGCCUGUUUCAGGUGGGCAGCCACUGGAUGAGGAGGGUCAGGUGGAGCCCACUGUGGACAGGCAGCCAUCAUCUCUUCUGAAGGCAAGCAAGAUGCAGGCCCAGCAACACCUCCUGCCCACGGCCCCAUCACCAGAGCAGCCUCCUCUUGCUCCUGGCUGUGCCAUGGUGCACCAUGGAGUCUCCCUCCAUGCCCCAGCUGAGCAUAGCUCCUUAGACUCCUCUCUCCAAAACAGGCCGGCUCCUCCAGACUCCAGUACCGCUGAGCUUUCCGCUACGGACCAUGCAGUGUGGCAGGCAAAUCCCGCUGCCCUGCCAGCAGGAGAGCAGGCAUCUUCCCUGAGCAGAGACGCAGUGCUCGACGCAUCCCCCCAUCCUCUGCCAGCCGGCUGCCGGCGGCUCUCUUGCACAUCACAGAGCGAUGGCUCCCCCGAGAGCGAGCGUGGGGAGGAGGCGGCAGAUGACAGGCACUGCAGGGCGGUGCUGCCAGACAAAACGGGCCUGAAGCAUUCAGCAUCCAAAGCUGCAUCCACAGGAGAGCUCCUCAGCCUGCAGCACAACGGGCUGGGCAGUGCCGCUGGCACUGUGCGCUGGCCCGAGGCCGUGGGUGUGCUGCCCGCACACAGGCAGGCGGGGGGCAGUGUGCCCAUCUUGUCCAGCAGAGAGCCAGAGGCAGCAGGGCUGGCCGAGGGCUGCCCCACCCAGCGGGCAUCGUCCCCUGUGGUGGAAGGGAACAGCCCCUAUGUUGUUAUCAAAACCACCACUCCCCUCCACCUGGCCCAUGCGACAGAGCAGGACUUCUUGAACAGAAAGCAGGUGGCAUUGCCUCUGUCAGAGACUGGACAUCCCCUGCCUGCCACCCCCAUGCCACCACCUCUUACGCCACACCCAGAGGAGGUGGAGGUCCAGAAAAGCCUCCAGAAACCAUUAAACGCACUGAAAGCCCCACGACCCCCGCUGAGCCCCAAACCAAAAUUACCGCCGCAGGUUGCCAAAUCCUGCUCAGAGAACAGUUUCCUUUCAGGCUCUCCUUCCCUGGCAAAGCUGCCCAAGUCAGUGACAUUCUAGUGGGGAUAGGAAAGGUGAGGGAGAAGAAGCAGGUUCUGGAAAAGCACCCUUGCCCCAUUUACAGGAUCCCCUUCUGUCAGCAGGGCUGUCGGAGUGACAGCACAGCACCAUUGCACAUCAAGCUGUGCUUCGGUACGAGUGCCCAGCAAGGAGACGAAGUGGUGGCCACCAGCUCUAGGAGACACCAGCAGAUUGGAUUUGCAUGUUUCCUAUGGACAAAUUGGAAAAUGCUUUCAUUUGUCGUUCCUCGCAGCUCCCCAAGCCUCAUUGCUUAGGGGAAGAGGCAGGGCUGGUGAGUGUGUUGUGUGUUUUCUCCUGCUCCUGCCUGCUGUGGGAACCCACAGCCAAGGAAGCAGGUGCAAGGUGUUGGAGUCCAAAACACUUCCUUUAAAAUGCCCCAUCGGCACAGCCACAGCAUUGCUUUUAAAGGCCUUUGUAGCAAUAGAUCUUUAUUUCAUUUCCCAGACCUGCAGUUGUAGGCAGCAGGAUUUCCAGGCAGUGCCAUGGCAUCGUGGCAGAACACCGGCAGCCUGCUGCCCCCUCUAUGCAAUUCCACAAAGCAAGUGUCCGGCUGUAUCCGGCUCCUGCUGCCAUGGUGGAUAGUGUCCAGGAGGACAGAUUUAACAGCUGCUGAGUCCCUGGGACGUCUCCUUGGUGUCACCCCGGUGGGGGACUGCCAGCAGAGUGGUUCUUUCCCAAGUUCUCAAGGUGGCAAGGCCAGUGAUGAAGGUGGAGCCUGGUCUCUUGGGCUGAGUGCCCUUUCUGCUGGCCUUACUCUUGCAGGGCCAGUGUGGCGAGCAGGCUCGCUGCCUUUCUGUUCCCCAAACAGGAAGAGGGGCUGCUGGCUCAGGAAACCUGCCUGCACUACCAAGCUGUGGGAGGUCUGAUGGCAUCUAAUCACAGUACCCCAGAUAAGUCCACGUUUGCUUUGAGUAAGUUAAGUGUCAGGGUGAAAAAGGCAUAGGAAUUGGGGAAGGGGGAGCACAUGGCCCAGAACAUGAUCUUAGCCCUGCUGGUAGAGCCCACACUGGAAGGAAAUUAACAACUGGAAGGAAACUUGGACAUGAUGGGUGCCCACAUGCCCUUCAUGGACCAAGUCCUAGAGGCCUGUCCAUCUCCUCCCCAUCCCAGGGUACUGCUGUUGCACAGCCCAAGCCAUUGGCUGGAGGUGUGCAGGGAUCUGGGGAGACACCCCAUGGAAAGAGCUGGUCCAAAUUUCUGGUUCCAGCAUCUAGUUCAUCCCUAGAGAUGAAAGGACUUCAUCAGGAAGGCAGAUCAAUGAAAAAGCAGGAAGUAGUCCAGAUAUGGUGGAUUUGACUUUGCUGUCCAGGAGGGGUGACUGCAAAUGCCACCUUAGGUUCGACUGCAAGUGGGAUUCCCAUCCCUUCAGUGGAGAUCCUGGGCAAAAGCUCCUUUAAGUUCUAAGGAGACUUUGAAAACUACUUUUUUAUCUCACAGGCUUCUUCAGUUGCAUAACCUGAUCUAAAGCCUACUGAAAGCCCAGCAGAAAACUUCCACUAAAUUACUUUGUGGGUUCCAGGAGCUGGACUUGAUGAUCCUGGUGGAUCCCUUCCAGCUCAGCAAUUCUAUGGUUCUAUGAUUCAUCAGGGUUUAUUUUGCCUUGUGUACGGGUGGUGGUUUAUGUUUGCAGCAGGGAGUGUCGAAGGGAGCACCGGAUCUUUGUUUGGAUGCAGCAAGCCAGACCACAGCACCCUCAGCUUCCAUUGCAGCCCCAGCUCUGUCCCAGACCCCAUCUUCCACUGAGCCUCCAACCUUGCCCAUCCUCUCCCUCUGCAGAGCAGGGAUAACCCUAUUAGCUACCUCGCAGGGGUGUUGUGAGGAGUCAAGUGUUGCUGUUUGAGGAAAAGUGCUCUUUGAAUGUUCAGUAUUUGUGUUUUGAGACACCACAGGUCCUUUCUAGGACAAUGGUGCUUGAAUUGUUUUUGAUUUAGAGUAUGUUUUUCUGUAAUUGUGCAUAGUUAAAUGUAUUUGUGUGUUAAAAUACCUGAGCAGUAUUUCAGGACAGAUAUCCAUUGCCUUUUGCUAGCAGCCCACUGGCCACUGGAGCUCGCUGGGAAGCAACAAGAAGCAUCUGAGAGCUGUUGGUCACAUCUUGGCUUGGCUUCUGUAGCAUGGGGCUCUGUCCUCUCCUUGAAGCCCACACAGGACUCCUUCUAACGCAUCUGAGCAUCAUGCAUGCAAGAGCUGAGACCUCUUUCCCCUUGUUUUGACCCAUUUUCCCUUAUUUCAGGCACACAGCAUUUGCACAUCAUGUUGCUUGUGCACCCAGACUCCUCACCCAAUGUCUGUCUGGGAUGUUUUGCAGUAUUAACAUUUUGAAAGGUGGUUUGCUCUAAUUUUGGAGAGCUGUCAGUACUCAUUGCAUGGCAUUUGGUGCAUGAUGUUCAAUAUGAAUUUUGAUGGGGCAAGGGGUGGGGGGGUUGUCUUUCCCUCCAAGCCCUAAUGGGAACAAGCAGCAGGGCCCUCAGUCACCUUCAGGCCUGAGGGAAACCACCAGCUGGUUUCAGGAACUUUUGGACACAGGGUCCUCUUCCCCACCAGUGUACUUCUUGCUGGGAAGGUCUCCAAGCUCCUCACUCUGCCACCUAAGAAACUCUUCUCCAUCCUGCAGGUCCUAGCAAGCUGGUAGGUUUGGGAAGAGGCCUUUUGCCCCAGCUGGCUGGGAACCAGCAACGUGCAUUGCUGUCCUUGGUGUGAUGCUCUCUCUUGAACACAUCAAUGCAUGAUCCCCAAGGAGAUGCCCGCUCCUGCCUCCUCCUCUGCCUCUUGCUGCAGACAAAGCUGCAGCCAUGGUGGGUCUGUGGCAGCAAGGCCUAGCCCAGCCUCAGCUCUAUCGCUGGGAAGAGGAAGGGAAGAAGGUUGAGGGUGACAGCUCACUAGGACAAAUUACCUGACCCAAACCACUUGCAGCCCUUGCCCAGCCUCCUGCAACAGUCUCAAGCCCUCAGCAAAAACCACUCUUACCAUGAGCAAACGUGGGAAAGCAGCUUCCCCUGUCCUUGCCCUCGCAGCCCUGAGACGAUGCUGGCCUUGCUGCCUUCCAUGUAGAGGUAAAGACCAACUCUGUGGGUUUGGGUUAUUUUAGGUUUGGUUUGUUUUUCUUUGUGUUGUUUGUUUGUGAUAGAGCACUUUGAGUGGCUGCAGCACUGGCAGGCAGCAGGAGCCACGGGACCCAGCUCCAGCAGGGGCUGGAGGUUGAGGUCAGGGUUUCUCAGCCAUGCACUUUGAGAGCCUGGCUACCAUCUGCUUUUCUUUUUAUUUGCUAUUCUUGUUUACAGCGUGGAACGCUUCUUCCAUGACUCUUUCUAAUGUAUUAUAAUUAUUACUUUUAAGAAAAAAACGUUUUUAUGUCUGCUUUUUUGUUUGUUCAGUUUGGUUUUUUUAAAGGAAGGUUUUUUGGGGUAAAAAAAGUCAAUCAUUCCUUUUUACACUGUCCAGAGUGUUCGAUGCUGUGUUUUACAUGGUUGUAAUAAUAAUGGCUAAAGAAGUUUAGCAUAAGUUCAGACUCCAAGAGGUUUCUUACAGGAGCAGAAGCUGCAGCAAGACUGGUUGCCUUCUCCUGAUGACUUUUAGCUUAGUUCACUGGGUAUGCUUCAGCUGCAACAGGUCCAUCCUGCUCCAUCACUGUUUUCCUCCCUGAUUUUCUACUGUAGUUAAAUCCAGGCAUCCCCAGCAGCAGUGGAAAGAAAAAUGCACCUUUGUACUUACCACCGUCCUCUCCCAGAUGAGUAAAGGGCAGCAUCCCAUCUGACACACAGCUGCCAAAGCUUCUUUUUUGGCCAAGAUUUUGUGUUUGUUUUCCUGCCCGUAGGCAGUGGAGGGAGGAUUGGACAGGAUGGGAACGGGUGGACACAGCUCCUUGCACAGCAGGUGGUGGGUGGGUGCGACUCACACUCGUGAGUCAGGGCUGAGUCACGUUUACAGCAGUCACUGGGAGCGAAAGGUGGUGCUGCUGACAGCUGAAGGUGCAUUUUAAAAAGCUGUGAGUGAGCAGUACCUCUGGCACACCCCAGAUUUCAUGGCCAGGGCUUCCUGGACUUAGAUGACCACGGUGCUAUUGCCUUUGAGGUGUUAGAUGUGAGCAGUGUUCUGGCUCCCCUGAGAGAAAGCUGCCACUUGGUGUUAAGCAGCAUGUUUAUGGUAAACACAGGGCAUCUGUCUGUGCCAGAGUAGCAGAGAGGACACAAUGACUGACAGCGAAUGGAGGGGCCAGAAUUAGCUAAAUGCCACCCUAGGAUUUAAGAGCAGUGCCCGAAAUUGGCAUCCCCAUGUGUCACCUGCUGAGUGCUGUAGGCUGGUUUUCCUGCUUCUAUCACUCCUCUGCCUCACCUAAGAGUUCAAACAGGAACAAAAAUUGCUCUCCAGUGCCCUUAAAUUAGCUCCUUUGUAUCAACUGUUUAAAACCUGGUCUGCAAUACUACAAAAAAACCCCAGCACCACUGUACACCCCAGUGUUCAUUGGUACAGGAGUGCCCUAAGGAUGCAGCUCUUGGCACAUCUCCUGUGCCAUUUCACACUGGAUGCCAGCACAGGGAUGCAGCGCCCUGAGCAAGGGUGAGAUGCCUAGGCUGGAGUGAAGCAAACCUCAUCCCUCCUGUGUUCCAGGUGCUCACAAGCAGCCCCAUUGCACAAGCUGCUUUGUGUCACCUCCUGGCCAUCAGCUCCCAUGAACCUGUUAGGCAGUGCCAGGUGGGACCAGGUCUAAACAUCUGCCAUGGUUAGUUACGUGACAGGCAGUGCAGGCUUUAGAUACAGCGUUGGACCAACUGCUAAAGCAGCAUCUCUGCCAAGGAGAGAGCAGAAGUGUCCAGAAGGGCAGUUUCCCUAAGGGAAAGUGAGUUGUGCUAGGUUUGAGGGUUGUGUUCCCCCAUUAAAUAGCCUUGGUUCACUUGGUUGUUGGAAAAAAAAAAAAAAGAAGAUACUGCUUAUUGGUAUCCUUGAUCCCCAGACUCCCUGAAUGUGCCCAGUUGUGGCCUUGUGGGUGUGGUACUUUCACCUUGUCCCUGCAGGGACAGGCACAGCUCUACCACCUCCUCUGACAGCAUCCCUCCAGCUAAUACAGGAGCCACACGGAUACGCAGCCUAGAAUUUGUGCUUGAUGGGGCUCCCAGGUAUGGUUCUGGGGUGCCAAGCACUCACGGCAGAGAGUCCUUCCCAGGGCAAGGCCACCCUUAGGAGCUGCCCCCAGGCAAGCCUAAGCCCUUCCCUCUCUUACCAGAGCAGUGUAAGACCUUAGGGUGAACAUAAGCCAUUCCUGGCCUCCAGCUGCUGCUAGGAGCACCAGGUGGUGGCAUGCUCCCUGCAGCAGGGAUGUGCUCGUGUCCCUGAGGGGAUGGGAGAGUAGACAGCCCCUGCAUCAUUCCAGCAGUAGCCCUUGCCCCGGUGACAAAGAGCAGGACAAUCCCAAAGCCCAAGGUUACAGACACACUCUUGCUGGACAGCACUGGGACCAGUGGCAAAUGAAUGCCAUAGAUGGUGUUGAGGCUGCUGUUUAAAGUCUAGUGGUCUUAUCAGCCAGGGCCUGGUUCUCCUCUUCCUCUGCACUUGGUAUUUGCCAGUAUUCUCUAUCCCCCUUUUCCUGGUGGAGCCACUGCUGUCAUCACACCAGCUCUCCAGCUCCCAGGGCUGCUCCCCAAGGCAGAACUACAAACUCCCCAGGCUGUGCUCAGCUCUGGUGCCCUGGCAGCCCCCUGUGGCUCCUGUCCUUCCUGGCUCAGAACAGCCAAACCAGCAGGGUGACCAUGUCUGUCCUCGCUGCUCACUGGCUCUCUGCCAAGCCCAGGCUGCUCCUCACCAUCCCUGCCCACCUCCCACGACAGGGAAAGCUCAUCAACCCCUGCGUGCCUCCACAAGGCUUCAGCCAGUCGGCACUGAAUAAUUGAUGCUAAGUGGAACCUGGAGCAGAGCCAAGCUGAGGGAGGGAGCAAUGCUUUGUGCUGGUUUAGGCUCUGCUCCCAGGAUGUAGCAGGGGGAGAGAGAUGGAUGUGCUGUGUCUGGCAGUUUUGUGCCCCAGCCAGUUUGGCAGAGGCAGUCAGAGGUUGGCUGGGCCUGGGAGUGUUCCUCCUCUUGGGCUUGCUGGGCUGUUCACCUGCUGCUCACGUGCUGCUGUGUCCUGCUGCCAUGGUAGUCCUGGUGUGCUGUUGUCACCUGCUGCUGUGGCACCUGUGGGAGCUGCAUGGUGCUGUCGUGCUCCUCGUGUGCUGCAGAGGGGCCGUGGCAGCAGUGGCUGGGACUUGGGGAGCAGAGCAAGGGCACCCCCAGCCCCAGCAGUCCUGGCUGGGGCUGGUUCCUUGGCUCUCCUAAGCUACAGAUCCUGUACUCAACGCACAGCAAGAGCAAAGGAGUUGCACAUGGGGCCAGGCCCAUCUGCCUGUUCCCAUUCCCACCAGUUGCAGGUGGCUGUCACACCAUCCUCUGAGCAAUGUCACCCCCUUCCUACAGUACAUCCCCAAGUAUAAAGCAGUGUAUGGAGAAAAUAACCCGGCUGUUGAAAGAGGCAGGCCUGACCACUUCCCAAACCAUCUCCCAAAUCCUACAGCCUCAGCAGCUGAGGAGGCCCACAGGACAUACACCAGCAUCCUCUUUACCUAGAUGGAUGUGGGCACCAGGACAGUGCAGGACACAACCAAACCGGAGCUGAAAUGUCUCCCGGCCAAAGCCCUCAGCAAGCACCAUGCACUCAGCUGCUUUGGAGUCACCCUUCUGCUGGCUGGGGAGAAUGCUCCUGUGGAAGCCCUCACACACCAAAAGGCAUGAGAUCUGUUCCAGCACUUAAUCAGCAUCUUUAAGGACUUGUAAGCAAUUCUGUCAGUUGAUUCAGCUGUGAUGUCUCUGGAGCCCCAACCCCUCUGUAACAGGGUGUGGGGCACUUUAAUGAUGUGAGAGAAGAACAUGUAUUAGACAUCUGUGCUGAGACAUCUGGACCUGACCUGACUAGACCAGAGCUUGUCAGCUAUUCUGUCAUUUAAGUAUGGGUUCAAAGGUGGCACUCCUCCAUCAUGGGAUACGCAGUCUCAACAUAAUCAGGAUGCUGGCUGAAGCCUUCUCAGAGGUGGUUUUCACACUGGCUGGAGAUCCACAGCACAGCGCCAAGUUUAGUUCAGCUUUGCCAUGACCAGCUGAAGAGAUCCCAACAACCAGAGAUGAGCUGAUGUACCCAAAUAUAGCAAAAAAUUCACCUCUGUGGACUCUUCCAGCUUCAGCUAUGCAACAGGAAUAAUCAGAAUAACUGCACAUUCUGCUCACCUGACCGCGUGCCACAGAAGCAGAACUGAGAUACACAACAAGCUCCUUGUCAUAAGGGAAACAACUGCAGUGUCUGGAAACUCCAUCUUCCAGUGCAGGUACUUCUAGAACAAAUGUGCCGUGAAUAACUAUGGGGAAAAUCAAAUCCCUCAAUUUCUUCUCCAAACCUACAUUCACUCCAGUGAAACUGUAAUCCUGGUAUUACUUUCAGACUCGAGAAGUUCAGCUAGCAGAGAACACAUUGUGAGCUCAUGUACCGACCUCCUGCCUGUCAGGGGCCAGCAAGGUGCUGUCCUGUCCCCAAAUUACCAGCACCAAGGCAGCAAGUGAAAAAAGCCAAGUCCAGAGUUAACAACUCCACCUGACAGAAGUGAUACAAUCUGAUUUUUGCCAACAGCAAAGAUGAGACCAGAUCACAGCUGACAUACCUUGAUCUGUUGUGAUUCUUCUCCUGCAACAAAGAUGCAGUACGACAUUAAUACACAAUUAAUAAAUGGCUUUCACAGAAGA